CGCUGCAAGAGUCGCACUGCGGGCGGCCUUUACGGCAGGCCUCUGCGUCGCUCGCAGAUCAUCCGGUAGCUGCGGUCAGCGAGGAGACAAGGGCGUUGCAGCGGGAAGCCAUGCCUUUCUUUGAUGUGCAGAAAAGGCUGGGCCUUAACUUAGAUCAAUGGAUGACAAUCCAAAGUGCUGAGCAGCCUCACAAGAUUCCAGGUCGAUGCCAUGCUUUUGAAAAAGAAUGGAUAGAAUGUGCACAUGGAAUUGGUGGUAUCCGUGCAGAAAAAGAGUGCAAGAUAGAAUAUGAUGAUUUCAUAGAGUGUCUGCUUCGGCAGAAAACGAUGAAACGUCUGCAUGACAUCAAGAGGCAGCGGGAUAAACUGAUAAAGGAGGGGAAGUACACACCUCCGCCUCACCACUUGGGCAAGGAGGACCCUAGGCCCUGAGCAGAGCUGCUGCUGAUGGCUGCUUUUCAUGUUUUCUCUUCUCUGCUGGAAAGUUCGUUUACUGAAAAUUUCUUUGUGAAAGUGUCUAAAAAUAAAGGAUUGCUCUAUCCUACUAUUCUA